AUGACCGCCUGGAAAGUUCCAGAGGGCAUAGAUUUAGCCGACCCAUCGUUUGCCGUACCAAGUAAGAUCGAUAUUUUGUUUGGUACUGAAGUAUUUUUCGAAGCUCUAAAAACUGGUCAAAUUAAACCGUUAGAAAAUAGUCCAUUGUUUAAAGAAACCGUAUUCGGGUGGAUUGUCGCGGGUUCAGUUCCCGUGAGGAACUCAACACCAUUGCACUCUUUUCAUGCUCGAGUUCGAUCAGAAGAAGAGAGUUUAAAAUUACAAAUUGAAAAAUGUUGGAGCUUAGAAGAGAUAAUAAGUUCCCCAAUCACCCCUGAAGAAAAUGAUUGCGUCAAGCAUUUUAAUAAGACGGUAAUUAGAGAUGAGGAAGGUCGAUUUGUGUUGAAAUCAGAUUACUCAAAUUUUAUGUAUGAAUAUUUGCGACUGGGUCAUAUGGAAAGAGUAACAAAUAAUGUAAGUCCAAAUAUAAAACCAUAUUAUAUACCCCACCAUGCGGUAGUACGUGAAUGCAGUGCGACUACAAAGUUACGCGUAGUUUUUAAUGCGAGUUGCGCUACUACUACGGGCUUAAGUUUGAACGAUGUGCUGUUCAAAGGUCCAGUAAUACAAGAUGAUUUGUUUUCUAUUCUUACACGUUUUCGAACUCAUCAGUAUGUACUGUCAGCGGACUGCGAAAAGAUGUACCGCCAAAUUUGGGUUAGCAAGGAUCACCAAGAUUUACAAUGGAUUCUGUGGAGAUCACAACCAGAUCAGCCAAUUGAAGAAUUUCGUCUAAAAACUGUUACCUAUGGCACAUCACCAGCAAGCUACUUAGCUACUGGUUGUUUACAAAAAUUAGCUUAUGAAUAUCGUCAACAAUAUCCAGACGCCUAUAAAGUGAUAAUGAGUGAUAUGUAUAUGGACGACUACCUGGGAGGUGCCGAAUCAAUACAAGCGGCUAUUAAAUUACGCGAUAACGUUAUCGAGAUAAUGAAGUCAGCCGGUUUCAAACUACGUAAGUGGGCAUCAAAUUGUCCACAAUUAUUAAGUGGUAUACAAAAUUAUGACAAUGACCCACUAAUCGUUUUAAAUUUAGACGACAACAAAAUAAAAACAUUAGGAUUGUGUUGGAAUACUGACAAUGACAGCUAUCAGUUUAAAUUUAAUGCGUACGAGAAAACAAACAUCAACAAUACAACCAAAAGAGCGGUCUUGUCGUCGAUCGCUUCCAUUUUCGAUCCUCUCGGUCUUAUUGGUACAAUAAUUAUUAAAGCAAAAUUAAUUAUGCAAAGGUUGUGGCAAUUGAAAUGUUGUUGGGAUGACUUAUUGCCAAAUGAAUUACAGCAGGAAUGGCUAAAUUAUAAGAACUCGUUGAUGCAAAUCGAAAAAAUUGAAAUACCAUGGUGUACAAUUGGACGUAAUCAUGUGCAGUCAGUUCAAAUUCAUGGAUUUGCCGACGCGUCUGUUCACGCAUAUGGAUGCUGUGUGUACUUAAGGGCAACUGACAACAAUGAUGUUUCAUGUAUUUGGCUAAUCGCAGCGAAGUCAAGAGUAGCUCUUGUGAAAGUAAUCUCUUUGGCUCGAUUAGAACUAUGUGCGGCCGUUUUACUUUGCCAGCUACUAGAAAAAAUCGUGAACAAAUUAAAUUUAAAUGUAAGUAAACGUUAUUUUUGGUCUGACUCGACUAUAACGUUAGCUUGGAUAAAAUCGUCAUCCAACAGUUGGAAAACAUUUGUUGCACACCGUGUUGGAGAAAUACAGUCAUCAACGGCGAUAAAUGAAUGGAAUCAUGUUAGGUCUGCUGAGAACCCAGCUGACAUAAUAUCAAGAGGCUGUACACCUGAUCAACUUUGUUAUUCAAAACUUUAG